AUGUCGCUCGACGACAUGACGAUGCAUUCUAUACACGAUCUGAUAGCGUUGAUGAGCGACUCGGAUCCGAGCAUCGUCGUGCGCGCCGUCCAACGAGUCUACAUUCUCUGCAAGGAAAACCAGUCGACGAGCGAGAAUGCGAAUCUCGUGGCGAAAUUGGUCGAAGUGUCAAGCAUUGUCACCACUACUUUUGAGAAC